UCUCCUGCAAGGGCCGGCAAUCUCCUCACCAUGCUGUGGGGUCCCCUCCUUGUCCUGCUGGGGAUGUGGUGCACAGGUACCAACUCACAGCCUGCACUCACUCAGCCGCCCGCCGAGUCAGUGUCCCUUGGAAACACUGUGAAACUCUCCUGCACCAUGAGCAGUGGGACCAGCAUCAGUGGCUACUAUGUGAACUGGUACCAGCAGAAACCUGGGACCCCCCCUCGGUACCUGCUGAGAUACAAGUCCGAUUCUGACAAGCACCAGGGCUCCGAGGUCCCCGCUCGCUUCUCUGGCUCCAAAGACACGUCCAGUAACACCGGCUACCUGACCAUCGCCGGGGUCCUCGCAGAGGACGAGGCUGACUAUUACUGUGCUGUGUGGCACAGUGAUGCUUGUCACAGUGACACAGCCACAGGGGAAGUGAGACAAAAACCUCCUCUGCCCUUCCUCAGCCAGGUCUCUGUUGGAGCCAGCAAGGAGCCGUACCAAGGGCAGCAAUCACCUGUGCAAACACACCAUGAAGUGUAA